AUGUCAGCUUUCACGAAGCCAUCCCGAAGGAGGCUGUUAGAGUUGCAAAAACUCAGUUGUGAAAUCUUUAAUACAACAUUCAAUCCAACCAAUCAAAGAACUGGAGCCAAGAUACUCCGUCAACCUUUGAAGGGAACCACAAUAGCCAACUAUUACGGUGACCCCGACUUCCUCAAGUUUAAAGAUGUCCAAAAGAUUUAUAAGUUCCAAGAGUUUGGUCUGAUUAACGAAGAAGAAGAGUACCGCUUGAUGGUUAAUGCCUCCCGUAGAAGAAGAGGUAAAGGUGCACCUCCUAAGAAGAAGGAAGCAUCCAAUAGUGAUGGUAAGAAAAAGAAGAAGCGAUAA